AAAAAACACAAAAGGAACAACAAUGUCGACUUCACGAUUGAAGAUUCAACUCUUCAUUCUAUCACUCUCCAUCUUCAUCUCCACAAUCUCAUCUCGAACUCACCCUCUAGACCCAUUAACCCCGUCCGAAAUAACCCGAAUCCAAUCCAUAAUCAACAACCAUUUUGGCGAUUCGAAACGUAACCUCAACUUCCACUAUGUAGCCCUAGACGAGCCCGAGAAACCCGCUGUCCUAAAAUGGCUUUCCAGCCCUUCCGCCACGCUGCCACCGCCGCGCAGAGCCACAGCCAUUGUCAGACUGAACAAACAAAACCUAGAGCUCACCAUUGACCUCUCUUCAGGAACCAUACUCUCCAAGAAAACGCAUUCGGGUUUCGGUUACCAAAUGAUGACGAUAGACGAGCAGAAUCUGGCCGUGAAAAUCACCAAAAAGUACGUGCCCUUUGUUAAGUCCAUGACUCAACGUGGGUUGAACAUGUCCCACGUUGAAUGCAGUACGUUUACGGGAGGGUGGUACGGACAAACAUACGAGGCGAGAGAAGACGAGCCAAGGGUCACGAAGAUAUUGUGUUUUUACUCGGAAGGGACGUCUAAUUUGUACAUGAGACCCAUCGAUGGGUUGAUAAUCGGAGUAGAUCUUGACGCUAUGAAGAUCGUAGAGUACAAAGAUACGGGUAAAGCUCCAAUGCCCAAAGCCGAAGGAACUGACUACAGAGAUGAAAGUCUUCGUGUUCCUGUCGGUUUGGAUCUUAAGGACACUGCCAUUUCUCAGUCGGACGGUCCCGGCUUCAAAAUCGACGGUCAUGUCGUCAGCUGGGCAAACUGGAAAUUCCACGUGGGAUACGACAUGAGGGUGGGCCCGGUCAUAUCGUUAGCUUCGGUAUACGACGUGGAUCAGAAAAGGCAAAGGUUGGUGCUGUACAAGGGUUAUGUCUCGGAGCUAUUCGUUUCGUACCAAGACCCUUCGGAGGAAUGGUACUACAAGACAUUCUUCGACUGCGGCGAGUGGGGCUGCGGCCAAUCCGCCACGUCACUCGCUCCUUUCUCCGACUGCCCACCAAACGCCGUUUUCAUGGACGCGUUUUUCUCCGGCCCGCCACGUGGCUCCGUCGUCAAGAUCCCUAACGCGUUCUGCGUUUUCGAACGGUACACUGGCGACACGAUGUGGCGGCAUGCAGAGACGGAGUUCGAUGAGUUCACGGAAGCAAGACAAGGCGUGAGCUUGGUUGUAAGGAUGGCGGCUACACUUGGCAACUACGAUUACAUCAUGGAUUGGGAGUUCAAGCCCACAGGCUCCAUCAAAGUCGAGAUUGGUCUUUCCGGGGUACUCGAAGUGAGAGGAACAUCGUACACGCACAAAGACCAAAUCAAAGACGACCAACACGGAACAUUAAUCGUAGACAAUACGAUCGGAACAUACCACGACCAUUUCUUGAACUACCGUCUCGAUCUAGACGUCGACGGUCCGAUAAAUUCGUUCGUUAAGACAAAACUUGUAACCAAGAGAAUAAGCGACACGGCUCACAGGGUCCCUAGAAAGAGUUAUUGGACCGUGCAACACGAGACGGCCGCUACAGAACUCGACGCCCGGACCCGGGUCGGGUCCCAACCGGCGGAAUUCACAGUGGUCAAUCCGGAAAAGAGGACCCGACCGGGAAACACCGUCGGAUACAGUCUGGUCCCGGGAACCGCCACAGUUCCUCUCUUGUCGGGAGACGAUUAUCCCCAAACGAGGGCGGCGUUCACAAACUAUAAUUUGUGGGUCACGCCGUACAACAAGUCCGAGAGAUUCGCCUCUGGCUUGUACGCCUUCCAGAGCAGAGGGGACGAUACAUUAGCCGUCUGGACCGACAAGAAUAGAGAGAUCGAGAAGAGGGACAUUGUUGUGUGGUACACAAUGGGAAUACAUCACGUGCCAUGCCAAGAAGAUUUUCCGAUAAUGCCCUUAUUGAAAGGUGGGUUUGAACUCAAGCCCACCAAUUUCUUUGAGAGGAACCCUUACGUUUACGCAAAGCCCCUCAAACUUUCUAACUCGACAAUUUCACCCCCGGCGGCUCCCUAAUCCCCCCUCAAUCCUCUAUUAUAUGUAUCGAGAGCAAUGUAAUUUCAAGAUUUCUAUAAUAAAAUAUCGCGAUCAAUGAUGAAAUAAAAUCGUCGGUGCUUCGGUCUAUUAUAUGAACG